CACAGCUAUUUGGCCCUUUAGGCAAAACCUUUUUCGGUGGAUAAUCAGGGCUGCAUUUUUGUGCAUUGCCAUUUUAUAAUUGCAUAUUACAUCAUGAGCACACAUCAGAUGAACAGACCACAUCAAUAUGGCUCGUCCAAUGGGUAUACAGAUCAUUCAUAGUAAAAACUAAACGUUUGCCAUUCAAUAUCAAUCCGUAAGUUGACACUAGCGAUACACAACCCUGCUCUUUCUGCCUGACAUCAGCCUAGAUAUCUAUGACCUAUUUGUAACGUAAAACAUGGUGAUAAUACCUCAUCAGACGUAAAGCUUGAGUUGUCUUCCUUUCAUGCUAUUCAUAACCUUGCGUCAUUUAAGGAACGUAUUCCCGAGAAAUAUGGCUAUAAAUAGAUCCAUGUCAAUGUGUUAACAUGUUAUACCGGGAAUGAUAGUGAGGCUCAUAACGCGAAGGGCCCUUCAGAUUCAAGAUUACAAAAUGUCAAAGUAUGAUAUCACAAUGAAGGGAGGUGAAGGCACGACGAAAACGACCAAUAUGGCUGGUAUCGUCCACGACGGGAUGGGUAAUACCUACACUACCAACCACAACCAAGAAAACAGGCAGCAAACAUACAAUAUUGAAAAUGCCCAAGGCGUCGUAGGUGGGCAGGACAUGCGAGGCGCAUCUGUGAAUCAAGGGGGAAUCACAGGGCCAAGAUCAGGACCCAUUGCAUACUUCGAAGGAAAAGCUCGUUCGGACAUCUCUGAGGUGGACAUUAUUGGUCUCCUACAGGAGAAGAAGCUAGAGAAACACAUACCACUGUUCCAGACACAUGGCAUUGAUGGGGAUUUAUUGUCUCAGCUCAACGAGGAUGAACUUAAAGCCUUUGGCAUUGACGACUCGUUUGAAAGGAAGAAAAUACUUAAUCUGAAGAAAUUUCUUCCCAAAUAAUAUAUUCGCACAUUCUUAUCGACAAUUUAAUGAACAUGUGCAAUGCACUGCCGUGCCGAUGCGAUGCAUGCCAAUAUGAAUUAUCUGAUGGCUGCUCACUGUAUUUAGAUCCACAGACACUUCCUUUAUCAUUUGAACCUUAGUUUUAGCAUUGCAUAAUGUUAUCAUCCAUUAUAACAUAAUAAACGUUGAAUUUGACAACAGUGUUGUCAUAUGGAACAUGACAGUUCUGAGAAUAAGGAAACAACAACAAUCAUCUCACCCCCCUUCUACGAAUAAGAAAACAACAGUCAUAUCAUCCACCUUCUCAUUCGUAUUCAUGGAAAAAAUACUUCUGCAAAUUAAGAUCGAUUAUUUGUAGAAAAUAGAAACUGCAGUGUAUGUUUGGGUGCAUAAGUAAUGCUAAAACUGUGAUAUGUUAUAAUAAUUACUAGCCUUUUAUUGCAAUUUAUCAUCCAAAACUGAUAAAUCUCACACUCAUGUCUUUUGAUAUAAAUUAUAUCAACACUCGUUUUCCACUUUCAUCAAUUUGUGUUGAUAAAUUUGAUUUUGAUGAGCGUG